AUGUCGCUACCUGUCUAUCGUAGAGCCAACCGCACUGUCAAGCCACCAACGGAGUCCAAAUAUGCCUCCUAUUGGAAGAAUGCAGAGAAAUCUAAGAGGAACUUUCCGACAAACCUGGCCUUUGAAGAAAUAGUCGGGGAUAAGGCAUCUUCGCCAUGUACCUUGGGUGACUUCAUGGAUUAUUUGGUAUACGUGGAGCGUAACGCAGAGAAUCUCCAAUUUUUCCUUUGGUACUGCAACUAUGUUGAGAGAUGGUGUCAGUUGCCAGAGGGGGAGAAAGAACGGUCUUCGGUUUGGGUUACUAGCAGGAGGACAAACCAUCGAUCCCAUUCGACAUCCAUUAAAUUAGAAGAAACAACGAACAAGCUGAAUCGUAUACUUACGAUCUUAACCCAAGACGCCACGAAGACUUCUCGACGAAGCGAACCCAUUGGCGGUGCUGAGGAUAGGGAUAGUCAAAUAGAAACAAACUUCUCGAGGCCGCGAACACCGGUACCCAAGUUGGGUAUAACAGAUGAAAUUCAAGAUGAAUGGCAAUGGCAGCCUUUCUCGGGGCAGCCUUUUCGAGACGAAGUUUCGCAAGUUGCACGCCAUUACAUCUCAACUCUGGGACCGCGGAGGUUAAAUUUGACGCUUCAGGACUGGACAAAUUGUAUGCACGCGCUUCAACACACAACGCACCCAUCUGCGUUUCUACCGGCCUUUGUAGCUGCCGAGGCGAUGCUGCGAGGGUAUAGCCAUCCCAACUUCAUUCGUUGGAGUUUGCGAAAUAUUAAUCGACCACGUGCGUUGUUUGCCAGGGCUGUUGGAACUCUCUUGAUUGUUUUGGCAUUGACGAUAGACUUGGUUCUCAUCCUCUCCAGUUUCAACCGUCUAGUCCGAUUAUCUGCCUUGCCGCUCUGGUACGUUGGGCUUUACAUCCUGUUUAUAAGUGGACGUGGAAUAAGCAUCAGGCUAUAUAUGAAUCGCAAGCGUCAAUUACGGCCAUGGGAGCAGGUCCCAGGUUUGGACUGUGAGAGCGCAUCACCUUCAGGGGUGAAGGGAAAACAGGCAGAACCGAAGAGCCCGGUAGAUCCGGCAAAGCACAAGAGGAACGAUAUACCACAAACAAAUCCACCAAGGAAAUGGAGUCUGCAAGCAUUGGGUCCAGCUAAUGAUUUCGCGGGAGAACCGUGGGUCCGACUAUAUCAAGAGAAGCCAAUUUGGCACAGGGUCUUUGGCGUCCACGUUGUAAACCACAGCAGACACCUGAGAGCUUUACAAGAUCGUGCCGUUUUGGCUUCUUUACUCUGGGCAAGCUUAUUGGUGGUUAUAUUAAACGUUGGCUCUGUGUUGAUACCCUCUGCGAAUUUGUUCUGA